AUGCCGUCGUCUACCUAUGCUCUAUUAGGAACGACUGGACCUGAUAACCUCGUGGCUCAGAGUCAAAACGACACGCUGCGCGGUGCCGUAAUCGUGAGAGUGUUGCUCGCAAGCGCCGGUCAGACUACGGUGCGCAUUGCUCUCAAGGAGGUUAUCCACUGUCUUUCCUUCAGUCCUCGCAAGUAUCAGGGAUCAAAGCCUGUCAAACUUCCUAUCGAGAUCAACCAACGGGCCGCAGCCGACCCCGAGUUUAAUGCCGCCAUCCCCUAUAUGUCCCAAACAUCCAUCUCGUACAAAGUCAAGAAGAACAGGAAGACAUCGACGAAGCGCAAGGAGAAGGCCGCGGCGGAGGCGGAAGUAAAGCAGCUUCCGCUCGCGGUCGUAAGGGCACGGUGGGCUAAGGAGGUUGCGCGUACAAAGUGGCCGUACGAUGAUCGGUACAAGCAUCCCAAGGGCACCCAAACCAUCGCUAGGAACGCUGCGACGGAACUGCCCACUGAGCGGGAGCCCCCCACGACCAAGCUGAAGAAGGAAGAGCUUGACACGACGCCAUACGAGGAGCGCUUUGCCAACAACGGCGCAAUCAUGAAGCUUCACAACCUCGUCGAUGUGGUGACACUCAUUCAGAAGCGCAAUGAGUGGAUGAACAGGACCAUCCCCACCGAGCGCGGGCCCAUCUUCCGGCGCCACCCAGGUGACAGCUUCGAGCUCACCGUGAAGUGUCCUCAUGCAGGCUGGGUGCUCCACCACGAUGGUCGAUACUUUUGGCGGGGUUGUUUUCUAUAA